CCACACACACGAUAGCAGGAGUACAUAGAUUCGCAAGUCGUCGCCGACAGCGGGCUGUUGUCUCCAGUAUGUGCUUCCUUCUUUGCCGGCUAUCGGAAAGACAUCUAUGUCGAGAUCAGUCAACGCGUCGGCUACUUUGCCGGCACACCGUGCAAUGCCGAAGCGGGCUUUCGGGUACUUUUUUGCCCGUAGACGAGAAGAGCGUUACCUACAAAAGCAGCCAGUCUCAACACCCAGCCCUUCAUGACUUUGUUUCGCUGUUCCGCUGUCCUGUCCACUUUUUACAAUGGCUGAACCUCAAACUACGCGAGAUCUCGAGGCAGGACUUGAGCCUUCACGGGGCAAGCUGGCUUGGGAGGACCUUAGGUACACUGUCAAAGAUCGCAAGACCAAACAGCCCAUCGAAUUGGUCAACAAGGUGUCCGGGCAAUGCUCAGUCGGUCAGAUGCUUGCUAUACUAGGGCCUUCGGGAGCAGGUAAAUCUACUCUGCUAGACUGCCUAGCCGGACGGAAGAAGCUGGACACCGGAAAGAUCUAUUGGGGAGGGAGCGAAAUAAGUCAAAAAGAUCUCGCGCGUGGCAGCAGCUACGUCGAGCAAGACGACGCUCUCUUGGGGUCACUCACGGUAGGUGAGACGUUUUGGUACUCGACGCGCCUAAGCUUCCCGUAUUACACAGAAGCACAGGUGAAACAGAGAGUGGAUGACAUCCUCUCGGGAUUGGGUCUUUCUCAAGUCGACAAACAUCGUAUUGGCACACCAAUCCAGCGAGGCAUCUCCGGCGGGCAAAAAAGACGAGUCACCAUCGGCACCAGUUUGGUGACUCUACCUGCUAUCCUCUUUCUGGACGAGCCAACAUCUGGCCUUGACAGUGCCACUUCCUACGAGGUCAUGUCUGCCAUCCGAGCACUGUCUUCAAAGCAUUCCAUCACAGUCAUUGCCACCAUUCAUUCACCUUCUUGGGAAACGUUUGCCCUUUUUGACAACACUCUGCUCCUAGCCAAGGGUCAAAUUGCCUACCAGGGCUCUGUUCAUGGUGUCAGUGAAUGGUUUGCUGGCCUCGGUUUUCCACCGGCAGCGCAUUCAAAUCCAGCCGACCACAUGAUGCGAUUAGUAUCAUCGGAUUUCGGCCACGCCGAAGCAGCAGCCGGGUGGACGCUUGCAAAAUUUCUCGGUGCCUGGGCUUUGCACAGGCCAACACAUGCGCUCGAGCAGCUCAGCUAUGCCGCGAAUGUCAAAGACAUUCCAUCGAGUCCAUUGAGCGCGAUGGGCUCCGCCACACGGCGCCGCUGGAGUGGUUUCAUCUACAAGACUUGGUAUCUGGUCCAAAGGAACAUCAUCAAUUAUAAUCGUAACCUCCUAGCCUACGGGGUACGUUUCGGAAUGUACGUUGGCAUGGGCAUUCUCGUGGCGACCGUGUGGGUCAAUUUGCCCCAAGAAGACUCGCGAAUAAACGACCGCCUCAGUGUGCACUUCUUCAGUGUGGCUUUCCUUGGCUUCAUGAGCGUAGCUGGAAUCCCAAGCUUCCUCGAGGAGCGCUCGGUCUUGCUGAGAGAGAAACGCAAUGGACUGUAUGGGGCACUGCCCUUCGUAGUAUCGAAUACUGCAGUCAACAUACCGUAUCUCUUCCUUUGUUCACUUAUUUAUGCAGUGAUUGUUUACUGGUCUGUCGGUCUACAUGCUGGUGCUGUGCCCUUUUUCAAGUUCCUUGCAUACCUGUUUGUGGGCGUGUAUGCUGCCGAGACCCAAUCCCUUCUCAUCGCUGCUAUUAUACCAAUUUUUGUAGCAGCCCUGGCAGUCGCUGCUUUCGCCAAUGGCUUCUGGAUGGCGGUCCAAGGGUAUUUCAUGCGCAACCUGCCUGCUUUCUGGCACAGCUGGGCUCAUUGGAUCGAUUAUCAGACGUAUGCUUUCCAGCUUAUGGUGAAGAACGACUUUACUGGCCUGCUUUUUGGCUGCCAAGUCGUUGACGAGGUCUGCAGCUGCUCUUUUGCUCAGCCCGACGCUGAAUCCUGCGCCGUCACUGGGUCGGCGGUGGUGGCACAAUUAGACUAUUCUGGUUCCAACGAUGUUCUCUACACUUUCCUGAUUGUCAUCAUCAUCAUGGUGUAUCGAGUUGGAUUCUGGGCUGCUUUGGCUCUGACCAAGUGA